AUGGCGGCUAUCUAUACCCGAUUUAGAUCGAAAUCAUGUUCAGUUAAAAGGACUAAAGAUACAUCCAAUAAAGGCCCACCCACACCACCGGAAAAAAGACUUACCAUACCCGAAGAAUUGUUUCGCAGACGAUGUCUCAGUUCACCGGCAUCCGAUUUAGCUGCCAGACGAGGAGUGUUCAGCAGACGACAUUAUGGUUCCGUGGAAUUGCUGACCUCUGUGGACUCGGAAGGGUGCCAUCAAAAUGCUGGAAGGUUCAGAGUUGAGAGUGGAGAGAGAGAAUAUGGAGAAGAAACAUAUCUUUCUCUAUCAAGUCCCUUAAACAGCCCAAUCCAUUUAGAAAACCCAGAAUUUCAGACCCGGUGGUAUUUUAAAUACUUUCUUGGAAAACUUCAUCAGAAUUACGUAGGUGUUGAUGUAGAAAAAGAACCAUUUUUAUUAUCAGUUGUCGUCACGGAUGCUAAUAACCACAAUGUUCAACAAUACAGAGCUAUUUUAUGGCGUAAAACAGGCGCCAAGAAAAUAUCCUUGCCUUAUAAUCCAAAUAAACCUCAAACAGUAAAAGGUAUACUAAGUCACUAUGAUAUAGAAAAAUUAGAACGAGGACCAAAAGAAAUAUUUGAUCCUGAUAUACAGAAAGAAUUAUUAGUUUUAGAGGAACAGGAGGGUUCUGUUAAUUUUAAAUUUGGAGUUAUUUUUGCCAAAGAAGGACAAACUUCUGAUGAUGAGUUUUACAGCAACGAAAAAGGAACAGAAGAAUUUGAUAAGUUUCUUAGUUUUCUUGGUGAUCGUAUCAAAUUGAAAGGCUGGGAUAAAUUUAAAGGUGGUCUUGAUAUUAAAUCGAAUACUACUGGUGAAGAAACUAUAUAUACGGUAUAUGAAGGCCAUGAAAUAUUAUUUCACGUCUCAACCAUGUUGCCUUACACACCAAAUAAUAAACAACAGGUGGAGAGAAAAAGACAUAUAGGUAAUGAUAUUGUAAACAUUGUGUUUGUUGAUUGUGAUAGCGACAAAAUGCCAACAUUUAAACCAGCCAUGAUGAAAACAAGAUUUACCCAUAUAUUUGCUGUAGUUACCUACCAUAGACACAACGAUUCAUAUAGAUUCUAUGUAUUUUCCGAAGAGUCAACACCUUUAUUUGGUCCGCCAUUACCCUCUCCUGCGGUUUUUACAGACCAUCAGGAAUUCAGAGAUUUUUUACUUGUUAAACUUAUAAAUGGUGAGAAGGCUGUGGUAAAUAAUCCUUUAUUUGCCCAGAAGAGAGAACGAACGUUAGAGAUGUUAAUACGAUCUUUAUAUCAAGAAUAUAUGGCAGAGAAUAAUGUGUUAUAUCGCCGAGCAUUUAGUGACGUCAUUCAGGAUUCACAUGGCUCUAGACGUAAAGAAGAGGUCAGAAGAACUGAAUUUGUUAGAGUUGGACAGACGUUAAAACUAAAGACGAUAUUAAAGGGAGAUGCACCAACAAGUUUAGUUACGACAGGAUUAUUGAAAAGAGAGCCAUGGGAACCACAGCGAUGUUUUCCAGAUUUACCUUACUCUAUUGUAUGCGGUGAUUCGUGGGGGGAUAAAUUAAUUAUAGCGACAACCGAUGGUGUCAUGGUUGUAGAAGAGGGUUUAGCGGCAAGAGUUAUAUUUGAUAAAUCAGUCAUAGUAAAACAAAUAAAUGUUAUAGAAGCACAUGGCUUACUGAUAUUGAGAACAGACAAAGGUAAAGAUGGUAAAAUCUAUGUGUUCCGUUUGAGUGAUUUUGAAGGAGAAGAAUCUGAAGUUCCAAGGAGCAAAUCCGAUUGUCGAGAACAUCGUCUGGAAAGGGCAAAAGGUUGUCAUCUGUAUGCCUUAAGUCGACCAUGUGGAAGUCAUCUUAGAAUGGUCGUGGCUGUAGGCAAGAAGCUGCUAUUAUUUACAUGGAAACAUUCAGCUGCCUGGUCUGCCUGGUGUCCCUCAGUAGAUCUUGAUACGAUUGAUGGUUUUACAUUUGUUAGGGAAUUACAAGCGUUUGAACAACCUCAGAUGAUAACGUUAAUAGAUGGUAUAAAGGGAGAUAACCAGAUUUGUAUUGCUUACAAAAAUCAAUUUGAUCUGAUAAACGAGAAGAACGGUGAUACGCUUCAACUUUAUAAAAUAGACGCUAAUAAAGUAAAUCUGGUGUCUGCUAUAGAUAUCUAUGAAGACGAUGAAGCUGAACUGAUGUUAUGUUAUAAUCAUGUCAGUCAUUUUCAGAAGUUAAAAGAAGAAAAUUGUCACGAUUUUGACUUUUUAUGGAAUUCGGAACCUCAAUCUAUAGUUUGUGCCUUUCCCUAUGUAAUGGCCUUUACCUCUGAUACGAUAGAAAUACGACUUAUUAUAAACGGUAAUCUUGUUCAUACGAUGACCAUGCCUGAUUUAACCCUUAUUACAUCCAAGUGUGACAUUUACUUCGCAUCUUCUGCAGCAGGUACUAAUACACCAACGGAAAAAACACGAGAAAAGGAAUCAUUUUCUCCACCCCCUUCGCCAUCAUCGAAACACGGUCCAGUGGUGAAUAUCUAUAAGAUACCUUUAACCUGUUUAGCUGGACAGAUGACGUCGGAGAAAGCAGCACAGACAGCAUCACCUUCCCAUGGUUCAUUGCUUCUGGCACCGAUUGUCAGCAAUGGUGACAGAUCUCCCGGAUUAGGCAAGAGAAGUCCAUUGAUAAGAACGAAGAGAAUUGCCAGUGCUGGUGUGACAAUAACGACGACACCGACCGAUAAGGAUAAAGAUCGUCAUGAUUCCUCGAGUUCUGAUUCUGGUAUAACCAUGUUGAGAACGAACGAGUUAAGCCCACCCCCCAGUCCAUUUCAACAUGUGCAGAGUUCCGGUGAUUCCGACCAAGAUGGAGAUAUCAUAUAAAACGCUGGCCAUAAUAUAUCUACCGAACAUGUGAAUCUGUCUACCAAACAUGCUCAAACUGUUGAUGUACAUUGAUUCCUGCAGAUCUAUUUACUGCUAGGUCUAAAACAUUUCAACAGUAGAUCUUCGACCCUGAAUGGAAACAAUUCGGGAUGUUCAAUGUUUAAAUCCGUUUUCAUCACCUUGGUAACCCAUCAACUAAAGGAACUAUUUUAACAUCACCAAAUUGUGAUUACAUUUAUUCCCCCAUGUGGCUUAAAUGUUUAACGGAAAGAAAGUAUUUGGAGGUUUCUAUCAUUCCUAUCAUGUAUAUUUUGAUGGCUGUAUAUUUGUGAUGCUGGAUUAUACACUGAAUCAUUUCUCUGUGUUUGUUUCUGAACCCCAGAACAUAAGGACGAUUUGGAAAGGUGCCUCAACUGUGUUUGUUUCUGAACCCCAGAAAAUAGGGACGAUUUGGAAAGGUGCCUCAACUGUGUUUGUUUCUGAACCCCUGAACAUAAGGACGAUUUGGAAAGGUGCCUCAACUGUGUUUGUUUCUGAACCCCAGAGCAUAAGGAUGAUUUGGAAAGGUGCCUCAACUGUUAUCAUGACAUUAAUAAAGUCAUUCAGAUGAGUAUGACAUACAUGAUUAUAUGUUUACACUGAAAUGCAUAUAAUUUAAAUGAAGAGGCAUUGUAAAGGAAUACUAAUUUCAAAUAUGGACCUCGGGUGAUACAUGUUUUGUAUGCUUAGACUGAAAUGAAUAGUUUUUAAAAAUGAUGCAGGGUCAACACAAAUACAAAUUUGGAAACUGAUCAUCUAUAUAAUUUAAUGAUGGGGCAUUGUAAAGGAAUACAGAUUUCAAAUAUGGACCUGGGUGAUACUUGUUUUGUAUGCUUAGAGUGAAAUGAAUAGAUUUUAAAAAUGAUGCAGUGUCAACACAAAUACAAAUUUGGAAUGUGAUCGUCUCCAACAUAUAUCUGUUACUUGUAUGUAUAAACUGAAAUUGAUACGUUUUAAAAAGAAAAUGGUGAAUUGUAAAAAAAUUGGAGUAUUGACUUCUUGUGGUAUAUUUAAAUGUGACCAAAUCGGCACCUGAUUUACCUGUAGAUAUAAGAUUGUAUACCGGUGAUAACACACCUGGUUUCACCUAGUUUAUUCUAGUCUAUUUGGUGAUAUAUAUAACACGAUUAUUAGUCCCAUGAUCUGUGUGCUAAUUAGUAGAUGAAUUUGAUAACAUAUAAUCCAUCAAGUGUGUGUAUGUCCUGUAAAUAAUAACAAUGACCCACUAUAAUGUAAACAAACUAUUUAAACUAUUAUAUAAUGGUGUAGUUGGACUUAAACCCCAUUUUAUGUCAUUUAUAUUAUGGUUUAUAGGGAGUAUAUGUAGACUGCCACUGCUUCAUAGAUGUGCAUCGCAGUGCAACAUGUGUCUCAUCAGUUAAUGUUUUGGAGUAUAUAUAUUGUAUUAUAGACAGACGCAGAAAAGGUUUCAGGACCAUUAAAAAGAUUUUAAAUA